AGUAUCUUCUUAGGAGUCACAUUUUUGGCAUGCACUGCUGCCUCGCCAAGGUGCAUGGUAACAAACGAAGCAGCUGCACCAGUAUAGCAAGUCCAUCCAGGUUGGACUUGGCAGACAGUUCCAAGCAGAUUCUGUUCCCCAAGGCAGCGAUCACGGCUGAUGGGAUAACUGACCACUGGAUCAAUGAACAGCAAGUCCUUGAGAUGACAUAGGGAGGGGCAUCGAGGACAAUGGUGCAGAAAAAGAAAAUCUGCUCUCGGCUACUGGACUAUCUUGUGAUCAUUGGAGCCAGGCACCCAAGCAGCGACAGUGUUGCUCAGACUCCUGAGCUGCUGCGGCGUUACCCUCUGGAAGACCACGCAGACUUUCCUCUGCCGCCCGAUGUUGUGUUCUUCUGCCAGCCAGAAGGAUGCCUGAGCGUGCGGCAGAAGCGCAUGAGCUUCCGUGAUGACACUUCCUUCGUGUUCACCCUCACGGACAAGGACACGGGGGUCACUCGCUAUGGAAUCUGCGUCAACUUCUACCGCUCCUUCCAGAAGCGAGUGCCCAAGGAGAAGGGAGAAGGCACGGGGGGACAUCGAGCUCGAGAGGGACAGAAGGUCCCUAAAUCUGGGGAUGCAUCAGCACCCCAGGAGGAAGCGGGCACUGAGAGUUCGGAGAGCGGUUCUUCACUGCAGGCUCCCAGUGCAGAGUCCACCCCUGACGUGAAUCGAUCCCCGCGCAGUAAGCGCCUGGCCAAGGGCAGCCAUCGCUCUCGGAACAGCACUCUGACUUCCCUGUGCAUCCUUAGUCAUUAUCCCUUCUUUUCCACCUUCCGUGAGUGUCUGUACACCCUCAAGAGACUUGUGGACUGCUGUAGUGAGAGACUGUUGGGCAAGAAGUUGGGGAUUCCGCGUGGGGUGCAGAGGGACACAAUGUGGCGGAUUUUCACAGGCUCCCUGCUGGUGGAAGAGAAGUCGAGCGCCUUGCUUCACGACUUGCGGGAGAUUGAGGCCUGGAUAUACCGGCUGCUCCGCUCCCCCAUGCCCGUUGCUGGGCAGAAGCGGGUGGACGUGGAAGUCUUGCCACACGAGCUGCAGCCAGCUUUGACCUUUGCUCUUCCUGAUCCGUCCCGCUUCACUUUGGUGGAUUUUCCAUUACACCUGCCUUUGGAGUUGUUGGGAGUGGAUGCCUGCCUGCAGGUGCUGACCUGCAUCCUUCUGGAGCACAAGGUUGUAUUGCAGUCCCGAGAUUAUAAUGCACUUUCAAUGUCUGUGAUGGCCUUUGUGGCCAUGAUCUACCCAUUGGAGUACAUGUUCCCAGUGAUCCCUCUGCUUCCCACCUGCAUGGCCUCUGCAGAACAGUUGCUUCUAGCCCCUACACCUUAUAUCAUUGGUGUUCCAGCAAGUUUCUUCCUUUACAAACUGGAUUUUAAAAUGCCUGAUGAUGUGUGGCUUAUUGACCUGGAUACCAAUAGGGUGAUUGUUCCCACAAAUGCAGAACCUUUGCCAGCACUGCCAGAACCAGAAGCUUCAGAGCUGAAAAAGCAUCUGAAACAGUGUCUGGUUAGCAUGACUGCAAUCACUCAGAAACAGCUGCUCACUCCUGACAACAAGGCCCUGGCCAGCAUGAGCCUGAAUACUCAGCCCAUUCUUAACCUAGAGAAGUUUCAUGAGGGGCAGGAGGUGCCUCUGCUGCUGGGAAGACCACAGAAUGAUUUGCAGUCUACUCCCUCCACAGAAUUCAACCCUUUGAUCUAUGGAAAUGAUGUGGACUCUGUUGAUGUGGCUACCAGGGUUGCUAUGGUGAGAUUCUUCAACUCACCAAAUGUUUUGCAAGGUUUCCAAAUGCACACUCGCACUCUUCGCCUCUUCCCACGACCAGUGGUAGCCUUCCAGGCAAAUUCUUUUCUUGCCUCUAGGCCGAAGCAAACACCUUUUGCAGAUAAGCUUUCCAGAACACAGGCAGUAGAAUACUUUGGAGAAUGGUCACUCAACCCUACUAAUUAUGCUUUCCAAAGAAUUCAUAACAACAUGUUUGACCCAGCCCUAAUUGGUGACAAACCCAAGUGGUAUGCUCACCAGCUGCAGCCCAUCCACUAUCGAGUUUAUGACAGCAAUUCACAGCUGGCUGAAGCCCUGAAUGUCCCAGCAGAGAAGGAAACAGAUUCUGAUCCCACUGAUGACAGUGGCAGUGACAGUGUUGACUACGACGAUUCAAGUUCCUCCUACUCCUCCCUCGGUGACUUUGUCAGUGAGAUGAUGAAAUGUGACAUUAAUGGUGAUACACCAAAUGUUGACCCCCUGACUCAUGCAGCCCUUGGUGAUGCUAGUGAAGUAGAAUUUGAUGAUUUUCAAGAAUAUUCAGGGGAUCCCGAUGAACAGACCAUGGACAGUGAGAACUCCCAAGAGAACAACCAGCCUCGCUCAAGUUCCAGUACUACAGCCAGUAGCAGCCCCAGCACUGUCAUCCAUGGAGUGAAUCAUUUGUAUGUACCCCACAUUAGCGAACAGAUCAAUGAUUUGACUGGUCCACAGGAGGCAGCAGACUCAGCAGAAAUAGAAGAGAAGUUGGCUGCUGGAUUUUCAAACCAUCUCUCUUCCUUGCCACUGCAACCAAGCUUUCCCAAGAUAAGCUUGGAUCGUCGUGAGAGUGACAUCACAGCUGGCAGCAUGAGCUCCUCAGAAGGGGUGGUGAGGAAGCGAGAGUAUGACAAUCCAUACUUUGAACCACAGUAUGGUUUUCCUACAGAGGAUGAAGAUGAUGAGCAGGAAGAGAGCUACACCCCAAGAUUUAACCAGAAUCUCAAUGGAAGCAGGUCUCAGAAGUUACUUCGGCCAAACAGUUUAAAACUGGCCAGUGAUUCUGAUGCAGAUUCAGAUUCCAGGGCCAGCUCCCCAAACUCUACCAUCUCCAACAACAGCAGCGAAGGUUUUGGGGGCAUCAUGUCUUUUGCAAGCAGCCUGUACAGAAACCACAGCACAAGUUUCAGUCUGUCCAACUUAGCCCUACCAACCAAAGUUGGGAGAGAUAAAAAUACUCCCUUUCCCAGCCUGAAAGAUUACUUUAAUCUGGAAUUGGGAAGGGAUGUGGAUGAAGUAUUUGGGUUAAAUACUAUAAUGGAGAUUAUUACUGAAGCUGGCCCAGUAAGCAAUGAAGGAAACAGACGGGCCCUUGUUGAUCAGAAGUCUUCAGUCAUAAAGCACAGCCCAACAGUGAAAAGAGAGUCUCCAUCACCUCAGGGACGAUCUAGUAAUUCCAGUGAGAACCAGCAAUUCCUGAAGGAAGUGGUACACAAUGUUCUUGAUGGGCAAGGCGUUGGCUGGCUGAACAUGAAGAGAGUCCGGCGUCUGCUGGAGAGUGAGCAGCUGCGUGUCUUUGUCCUGAGCAAGCUGAACCGCACGAUCCAGUCCGAGGAGGAUGCUCGACAGGAUGUCAUACAGGACGUGGAGAUCAGCCGCAAGGUUUAUAAAGGCAUGCUGGACCUGCUGAAGUGCACUGUGUUGAGCCUGGAACAGUCAUAUGCAAAUGCUGGCCUGGGAGGCAUGGCCAGCGUUUUUGGCCUGCUAGAGAUAGCACAUACUCACUACUAUAAUAAAGAACCAGAAAAGAGAAAACGAAGUCCUACAGAUGGAUCUGUCACUCCAGUUGGCAAGGAUCCUGCAUCAUCCCCAAGAGUGGAGCCAAAACCUGCGAUGCAGCUGCCGGUACCUCAGCUAAUGCCAAAGCCACCCAGCCCUGCAGGCAAAGGGCCAAGGGAGUUUGACACAAGAAGUCUAAAGGAAGAAAAUUUUAUUGCUUCCAUUGAAUUGUGGAACAAGCACCAGGAAGUGAAAAAGCAAAAAUCUUUGGAAAAAACGAGACCAGAAGGUGUGAAACAGUUUGAUUUGGGAGAAACAGAUGAGAAGAAAUCCCAAAUCAGUGCAGACAGUGGCCUCAGUUUGGCCUCAGGUUCUCAGAAGAGUGAUUUUGACUCUAUUCCCAGUGGAGGACCAACAGUAAUGGUCCGAAGUACAAGCCAGGAUUCUGAAGUCAGCACUGUGGUUAGUAACAGUUCUGGAGAGACACUGGGAGCAGACAGUGACUUGAGUAGCAAUGCUGGUGAUGGCCCAAGUGUGGAAAAUGGUGGCAAUUUAGCAGGAUCCAGAGGCACUGUGUCAGACAGUGAAAUUGAGACAAACUCUGCUACUAGCUCUAUCUUUGCCAAGUCUCACAACCUGAAGCAGAGUGUGAAGGAUAGCAAAGGGAGUACUCCAGGGAGAGGUCCAGAGGAUGGGAACCAGCGUGUCUAUCUGUAUGAAGGACUUCUGGGUAGGGAUAAAGGAUCUGUCUGGGACCAGUUAGAGGAUGCUGCAAUGGAAACCUUCUCUCUGAGCAAAGAGCGUUCAACUUUGUGGGACCAGAUGCAGUUCUGGGAAGAUGCUUUCUUGGAUGCUGUGAUGUUAGAGAGAGAAGGAAUGGGAAUGGACCAGGGACCUCAGGAGAUGAUUGACAGGUAUCUUUCCCUGGGAGAGCACGAUCGAAAGCGUUUGGAGGAUGAUGAGGAUCGCUUGUUGGCUACACUGCUGCACAAUAUGAUUGCUUAUAUGCUUAUGAUUAAGGUGAACAAGAAUGAUAUUAGGAAAAAAGUGCGUCGUCUAAUGGGAAAAUCACAUAUUGGAUUGGUGCACAGCCAGCAAAUAAAUGAUAUUCUAGACAAACUUGCCAAUCUGAAUGGACGGGAACUCCCUGUGAGACCCAGUGGCAGCCGCCACAUCAAGAAGCAGACUUUUGUAGUACAUGCUGGGACAGACACAACAGGAGACAUAUUUUUCAUGGAGGUAUGUGAUGAUUGUAUUGUGCUGAGAAGCAACAUUGGAACUGUGUAUGAACGUUGGUGGUAUGAGAAACUCAUCAACAUGACUUACUGUCCCAAAACAAAAGUGCUUUGCCUCUGGCGCAGGAAUGGUCAGGAGACACAACUGAACAAGUUCUACACAAAGAAGCACUGGUUACUGGACUGCAAUGGCUGUUCAGCAGCACUGACAUCUCAAGCUGGCAUUCUACCCUGUCAUUUAUUUGAAGACGUUAUCCACCAGAAAUGCCGGGAACUGUACUACUGUGUAAAGGACAGUAUGGAGCGAGCAGCAGCAAGGCAGCAAAGCAUUAAACCAGGCCCUGAGUUGGGUGGUGAGUUCCCUGUGCAGGAUAUGAAAACCGGUGAAGGAGGUCUUCUUCAGGUCACACUGGAAGGAAUUAACCUGAAAUUUAUGCACAGUCAGGAGCGGAAGGUUUUCAUAGAGCUGAAUCACAUUAAAAAGUGCAAUACAGUGCGAGGAGUCUUUGUCCUGGAGGAAUUUGUUCCUGAAACUAAAGAAGUGGUGAGCCACAAGUACAAGACGCCAAUGGCUCAUGAGAUCUGCUACUCCGUGCUGUGUCUCUUCUCUUAUGUGGCUGCAAUUCGUGGAAAAGAGGCAGAAAACAAAAGCAAACCACCUCGUCCAGUUUCCAGUUGAUCAGGAUACUUGGAAAUAUCUACCCUUUGGCACACUGAUAUGCAGUACCCCCAGUUUUACUGCAGUUACUGGAGCUCACUUUCUGUCUUUUCUGAGAACUUGAUUAUUUAUGUAUGACCCUGCAAGUCUUUCCCCAUAGAAAAACCUAAGCCUUCCCUGUUCAGUCUCCUUCUGAAUUCAUCCUUAAUGGAGUUUUUAAAUGAGCUUUUAAUCAGACAGUUUUGAGCAUCUGCAUCCAGCUGUGAGUGACUUACUCUGGUUAUUCCUUUGAAAUUCUCUUUUGGUUGAGUUUGGUUGUUUUUUGUUCUAGUGGUACUUGUUACAGUUUGAUCACUUCACAACUGCAGGCUUCUGCUUUCAGAUUCUCUGGUAUGUGCACAGUGGAAGCAGCCUGGCCCUGUAUGUUGUUUCAGUGUUGUGUUUUUGUUGUUUUCCUUCUGUGUUGUUCAUUUUAAAUUACCAACACGGCGUUCCUGUCACAUAGUUCUACAGUCCCUUUUGGUAGAGGUGAGCAAUUUAGCUGUCAUCGUCUUAAAAUAUCAUGUGACAGUUGAAGUUUGGUUAUUUAAUUGGUCCAUCUGUGGAGAUGGCUCUUCUCAAGUGGAGAGAGAAACUUUGAAGGUAGUAUAAUGUAAAAAACCUCAACACUUCAUGGAUUCUGUGGAUUUUCAAAUGGGAUUUUAGGUAACAUUUGUAGCUACCCCAGCAGUAGAGUUCACAGAUGCAAAUAAGCACUCCCUAAAGCAGUUAAUCACUGGGAUUAGAAAAUGAACAAGGCAGUGUAAAACUUGGAAACAUUAUUGGCCGAAGCACAGUACAGAAAUCUGCAGAACAUGUUCAGAAGCCCAGAGGAUUUUGCUGUCUCCAAAUUUUUUAAACUAUUGCUUUUUAUUUUGUUUUCAAUCUGUACCUGUAUAUGAAGUGAUCUUGAAAAUAUUGUGUUUAUGUAUAAUGAAACUCAUGUAGUUAAAACUAUCCAUCACAUUCCUUAUUUUAAAUAGGCUGGAUAUGAAUGGGUUUUUUGCAUCCUGUUUUUGUUUGAACUGUACUGCACUUGUCUGGAAAGCUCUUAGGAUGCUGGAAGGUGAGACUGUCUAGAGAAAAUAAUGUUACAUGUAAAAUACCAGGAAAAAUUGCUCUGACACUGAUGUAUUGUAUGUUUUGACAUAGAAUCCUGACUAAAUGCACCCAGAAAUAACCCUCUUUUGGCUUGGUCAGGGUAUCUACCAUUUAAAAUGGAAUAUACUACUAUGGGUGAGGAUGAUGUAAAUAUUAUAGUAUCACAUCUAUUUAUAGAAACUGUACAGCUCUCUGAAUGUGAAAAUAAAAUGUCAUUCAACCAGCAA